AUGAUGUCAUCAUCAUCAUCAUUGACAGCAACACUAUCCUCAUAUCGAGCAACGUCAUAUCCACAAAUAGACCAUCGAACUGUUGUCUUUAAAAGUUCACAGCUGGAAGAGAAUUUUUCGGGUAGCCUAAGUCGUGGUAGUAGUAAAGAGACCCUAAUUGCUGGCGAAGAGAAUUACCAAAAAACUUAUUUUGUUGCAACCAUACCACGUAGACCUGCAACGGCAUUGCAAACAACAACAACAGCAGGAGCAGCAACACCUUACGUUUCACCAAGACGUCCGUUAUCUGCCUUGGCUCAACACUCAACGACUAAAACGAAAAUUCCAUAUCCAUUGGCAACAAUUUGGACCAACCGAAGAAAUACGUUCCAUUCCAGAGGUGUUCACAACGGCCACAAUAACCAUAACUGUGACAAUUGCCGUAACAUUUCCUCUGGUGGUGUUGGUGAUGUUCCAAUGCGCAUGCCUGGCAAUAAAUCCAAUUUAGCAACAACGUCGCUCAUUAUGGAACCUGUGGCAAAUGAAACUUCAUCAUCGUCGUCGUCAACGACGAUGGCAGCAGGGGUGGAAUGCACUGCAGAAACCUCCCACAACAACACAACGCCAGCAAACGUUAACAGAACCGGUGGUCGUUUCCAAAACGUACGGCAUAAACUGGCUUUAAUCACUCAGCAGAAGCCGAAGGAACCUUCAACGGAUGCAACAUUGGAACGGUCAUUAUCCUUGCGUAAAAAUUUCAAAUAUUCCAAUCAGAAAACAACGGAAGGCGACCAGCGACGAACCGCAGGCAUAACGGAGAACCAAAAAGGAAAUACAAAAAAUAAUCUUCUAACACCAGGAGCCCACAAUGGACAACAAGAGGAACAAAUCUAUAAUAAAAAGGAUACAAUCGAUGCAAAGGAUCAUCAAUCAAUAAAAUCCACAAUAAAAACAAACAUGGAUAAACAAUCGUCACCAACUUCAACCACUGCAUCAUCAUCAGCAACAUCGACAACAACAACGACACCAGGAACAGGCACAUCAACAACAGAUGGAAUCAUUAAUGGCGACCUCCAACAGGAUAUUCAGAAAAUGUCUCUGAAUCAAAACGGCAUUCAUACAUCAUCGGCGGCAACGACACCAACGACAACUCCAUCAUCAGCAUCAUCAUCGGCAGCUGCAGCCACAACUCAUACACGUCCAUUAACCUUGGCCACGAGACAGGGAUCAACAACGAACAUAACUUCAUCGUCGACGUCGUCAAUAGGACCAGGAGGAGGAAUACCGGUAAAAACACCCAGAUCUCCAAGACCUCCAGUAUAUACGGGAACCCACGUUGUCCAGCAUUCGCAUCAUCAAGAAACCCAGACUAGCAGCAAAUUAUCGGCCGGUGUUGGAGGUCUUAAGCCCACACCCAAGACACCGCCUGUGACCCCCGAUUCACCCACAACCUAUCUGGAUGAUGAUUUAGAUUCUUUGUAUUCCUAUACCACAACAUCGGGUCGUUCGACAAUGUCCUGUGAGCAUCCCUAUGUGGCCAGAAAUGGCACCACAUUCAGUGGUCGUAAAAUGAAAUAUGUGGUUCAUUGUUCCAAUUAUGCCGGCCAGGUGGGUGCCGAUUAUCUCACACCCACCCAACGGGCCCAGCGCCAGAUAAGACGACUCAAAGAACUGCUCUGCGCUGCUCGCCAGGAUUUGGAACAAAAAGAUUCCGAACUAUUGCGGCUAACCCGCGAGGUUGUGGAAUUACGUCUCUUCAAAGCAUCCCUCUCAUCGCCCGAUGAACGUUCCGCCUCCAGCGAUGCGGUCACUGUACGCGAAGCAGAACUGAAAACAUCUCAAGACGUCUCACCCAUUGUCGAUAUGGUGGAUGAUGGUCAGAAACAACAUGCCUCACCAUCACGUCACAUGCAUCAUUCGCAUAUGGGCCAUGCUGCGUCCGCCUCACCAACCAUUAUGACACAUGCGUCACAAAGUUCCACAUCCUCGCAGCAGCAUCAUCACCACAGCCACCAUCAUCAUCACGAUAUGCAAUCAUCGUUUGCCGAUUCCGGUCACUUUGAGGAUAUGACCUCAUCAUCGGUUCAUUCCAAAGAUUCCUCGUACGCACCCUCCACCCAUGGCCACCACAGUGGCCAUCAUCAUCAUGAGGGUGCCUGUGGCGGUGGAGGCAGUGAUGCCGAUCAUCAUCAUCACCAUGGUGAGCCCUCAGCCUCCACUAUCGAACAAUAUGAAUUACAGCGUCAGGAAUUGAUUCGUCUGUACGAGCAGCGUAUUGAGGAUUUAAUUCGCAGUCAGGAUGCUGCCGCUGCGGAAGUUAAGCGUUCCAACAAUGAUCGCAUUGAGGCAUUGCUGCAAAAGUUGGCCGAGUGUAAUACCCGGUAUGCUGACAUAGUACCCGAUUACGAACAUGCCAAGGAGCGUAUUCGUGAAUUGGAAAAACAGCUGGAAGAUCUCCAGAGGAAGCUGGCCGAACAUGAGGAGAAACAGAAGCAAAUGUAUUUGCAUAUGUAUCAGAAGGGCCAGGAAGCGGAGCGUAUUGCUCGCGCUGAUCAGGCUUUAGAAUUGGCACAUCGAGCACCCCAGAACAAGGUGUCCAUUAACGAGCUGCUGCACCAACUGCAAUCCACCCAGGACGAAUUGGAGAACAUACGUGCAGCAGAAUGUAGAAAUGAAUGCGGCAGUAAUCAUGCUCUCCUUACUGCAAAAGAGGCUAUUUCUUUGUGGGUUCUCGGCGCGCGUAAGACCAUUUAUCGCCGCCUAUUGGAAGCUCAAAAGAAUCGCACCCAUGUGGAUCCCGAGGUCACCCUGCAGUUCCUCAAGAGUGCCGUCUAUUAUUUCCUGACGGACAAGGAAAACUCCCAGGGCCAUUUGCAGGCCAUUGAAUCCAUAUUGGAAUUCAGCGAAGCCGAGAAACAGGUCAUCAGCAAGGCCCGCUCAGCGAAAUAGAAACAAAAAUGUGUGAAAUGCAAAAUACAACAACAACAAAAAGGGAAUCUAAAAA